CAGGAGAGGGACUGCUAGGCUAAACACUGUCCACAAAAGACGUUUUCUUUCUGCGAGCUACAAACGAACAAGCCCAGCAAAAAGCCAGGCGGGGAGGACUCGCACUGACAGUCUCUAGCGACUGUUUAUUUCCAGCAGCUGUACGUUGACCUGCGUUAUUCCACAUACAGCAGCAGAUGAAGGUAGCAAUGCCUGAGAAACAUGUCACACAAAGAAGAUAAUGAAGGGAAAAGAAGCUCUCACCGCACUGAAUUGUACGGCAGCAUCCCUCCAAAAUGCCUGCCGAUCGUGUACCACCCAGACUACAACAUCACCUUCAUGGGCCUUGAAAAGCUCCAUCCGUUUGAUGCGGGGAAGUGGGGGAAAGUCAUUCACUUCUUGAAAGAGGAGCAGUUCAUCACUGAUGGGAACAUUGUGAAAGCCCGUGAAGCCACUGAAGAGGAUCUGCUGGUGGUUCACACCAAACGCUACCUCAACCGAUUAAAGUGGUCUCUGGUGGUGGCAACAAUUACAGAAAUCCCUCCUCUGGUGUUUCUGCCUAAUUUCCUGGUGCAGCGAAAGGUGUUGAGACCUCUGCGGACACAGACGGGGGGAACAAUAAUGGCAGGAAAACUGGCUGUUGAGAGAGGAUGGGCUAUAAAUGUAGGAGGAGGCUUCCACCACUGCUCCGGCGACAAGGGAGGGGGCUUUUGUGCCUACGCUGACAUCACUCUGGCCAUCAAGUUUCUGUUUGAGAGAGUGGAAGGCAUCAGCAGGGCUACCAUCAUCGAUCUGGAUGCUCAUCAGGGAAAUGGACACGAGCGUGACUUCUUAGAUGACGGACGAGUGUUCAUCAUGGAUAUGUAUAAUCCCUACAUCUACCCCGGGGAUGGAUAUGCCAAAAGAGCCAUAAAGAAGAAGGUGGAGCUGGACUGGGGCACUGAAGACUCAGAGUACCUUCAGAAAGUAGGGAUCCACUCCGAGGGAGCGCUGAACGAGGUCCGACCGGACAUCAUCGUCUACAACGCAGGGACGGACAUCUUGGACGGGGAUCCACUCGGAGGACUCUCGGUCUCACCACUGGGCAUUAUUAGGAGAGACGAGAUUGUGUUCAGGGCCGCGAGGCGACGGGGCAUCCCCAUACUCAUGGUGACAUCGGGGGGAUACCAGAAGAAAACAGCACGCAUCAUCGCGGACUCCAUCCUCAACUUGCAGCAGCAGGGGCUGAUAGGAGCGGAGGCGAUGGAGGGGGAGGGAUCAUCACCGCUGGUGUCCAGCAUGAUGGCCACCUCUGGAUCAGCUGGAUCCAGAUUCACUGCUAUCUGAUGGUUUAACACUCACAGGUGUUGUGACAGGUGUUGUGGGCACUGAAGUAACUUUAUAUCAUGCAGUUAGCGUGUGACAGGCAGCUAUGGCAUUGUCAGGUUAUCGCUGUCACGCAGAAAUGUGUUUAUAUGAAAUUUCUGACAGCAGGGUUACACCAGGCGUGUUUGCACAUAUAAAACAAACAAAAAAUGAGAUAUGGUACAUUUUUUACAUUUUUUAUGCGCAAGUCGGCAGUUAUUCAAAGGGAAUAAUCAUUCAAAGAGAAAAAUGAUACUGAAACAAUAGCUUUCUCCUAAUUUCAUAAGCUCUCACAUGCCACAAAAAGAGCUGUUUAAACUUUAAUCAGUAAGGGAGUGAUGGGUUUUAUGUUUAAUUUAUGUUCGGGGCAGCAUUUUAAAGAGGUAUUCUUUCAUCUCAGGAAAUGUAAUAAUGUAAUUUGUGAAAGAUAUGAUACAUUAAUAGUCCGUGAAAUGACACAGAGGUUUGAUAUUCUUACAGAUGCACUGUAAGUGUAUUAAUUAUCCUCCAUCGCAGUUUGUGGUCAUGGAGGUGAAACACAAGACAAUUGCACAUGAAAGAAUUAAGUGAUGUUUAACCAUCAUACAGAAGAUAUUUUCAUCCCUCAUUAGAAUUUUCAUGUAUCAUUUCUUGUAUUACAUUUUGGUGUUUUUCCCUCCAGAUUAUAUAAUAAUCAUAAUGAAGCUAACAGUGUGUCAUUAAUCAAGUUCGACCAUUGAUUGGUUUUUGUACUUUAAUGCGGUU